UGCACAAUUGAACGCCAGAUGGAAAUACGUUUACAGAUCAUAUCUCUCAGGUUGGAUCUCGAAAUUCGAAGUCUUGACGUUACCUGGUCAAUGAGGCUGUUAUCUUUUGGUUGUGUAAACUCUCAGUUUUAAAUGAAAUUUGCGUGGACUUAACUGUACAAAAAAUGGAAAAAAAGAGCUAUUGUGAUCACGCGGAACAAUCUAGUUUCUCUGGACUUGGGGAGUUGUCGUCGAAAGCAAAUCUCAACGGGGUUUCUAAAGGGCUCACUCGUCUCACUUCACUUGUGACGGAAGAUGCCCACUGUCAAGAAUGUCAGAUUCCAGGACGAAAUCUCUGGCUUUGUUUACAUUCAAAAUGCUAUCUUAUUCUCUGUGGAGAGACUCACAAGGACCACAGCAGUGACCACUUUCAAGACUACAAUAACCAUUGCUUACAUUUGAAUUUAACUACCUUCAGAAUUUGGUGUUACAAGUGUGAAGGUGAAAUGUUGCCUCUAAACAAUGACCCAGCCAUCAGUCAAAAUCUGUUGACUUUGUUUUCCCAAGAAAACACAUCAGAUCAGCUGAUGAGACUAAGAUGUGAGACUCAGGGAAUUGUUGGGCUCCAAAACCUAGGAAACACUUGCUAUUUGAAUGCAGCCCUACAAGCUUUAUCGAAUGUGCCUCCCAUGACUCAGUACUUUCUUGAAUGCAUGCCUUCCACAGAUAAAGACAAGGAAGUCAAAAGAACUUCAUUAGCAAAAGCAUACAGAACUCUAAUACAAAAUGUGUGGAGUGAGCAUCCUCCCUCAUCUAUUGCACCAACCUCAGUUCUUUAUGCAGUUAAACUGGUAUUUCAAAUGUUUCGCGGGUUUCAACAACAUGACUCGCAAGAGUUCCUCAGAUGUUUCAUGGAUCAGCUUCACGAAGAAUUGAAAGAACCUGUAUUUGAUGCCCAAGAGCCAGAGGGCGUCUCUGAAACAAAUUUCUCAGACGAAGAUUCCGAACAGUCUGAAUCAGAGUCAUAUUUGACUUGUGAUUCAGGAGUUAGCGAUGACGAAGGCUCAUCUCAAUCCUGCUCAAAUGCAACCUAUCACUCUGGAUCUCGCAAGAGGACUAGAAGCUCAUCAGAUAGUGAAUUCUCCGAUGCAUUAGAUCGAUCUCCGUCCCCUCGGAACACUUCUGUUGAAGGAACUGCUAGCUCUUCUAUUAAAUUUCGUAGUAUUGUUUCAGAUGUCUUUGACGGACAAAUCCUUAGUUCUGUCGAGUGUCUAACUUGCAAUUUGAUUUCUAACCGAUUGGAGACUUUUCAAGAUCUCUCUUUGCCGAUUCCCAGCCGAGAGCAAUUGCUUGUCAUUCAUCAAUCGGUACCCCAAACACAAAGCCAAGGUGAAGAUCAGGGCUGGAUGUCUUGGAUGUGGAAUUACGUUUGGGGUUGGUUCUGGGGACCAAAUGGUCGUCUUAAUGACUGUUUGUCUGCAUUCUUUAGUGCCGAUGAACUGAAAGGCGACAACAUGUAUAGUUGUGAGAAAUGCAAAAAACUGCGCAAUGGAAUCAAGUUUUCAAUGAUAGAAGUGUUGCCAGAAGUCUUGACAAUUCACCUGAAACGCUUCCGCCAUGAGCCACUCUUCAGUUCUAAGAUCUCCUCACACAUUUCAUUUCCAAUUCGUGGCUUGGAUAUGAAGCCUUGGCUAAGUCGAGACUGUUCCUCUAAAAUAACCACCUACGACUUGGUGGCUGUGAUUGUGCAUCAUGGUACAGCUGGUGGUGGUCAUUAUACCUGUUAUGCUUUGAACGAACCCUCCUCACAGUGGAUGGAGUUUGAUGACUCGUCAGCCAGACCGGUAUCGGUUGAAACAGUUGCUAAUUGUCAAGCCUAUGUCCUGUUCUAUCAAAAGCGAAGAACAAGCGAAAUGGAAGAUUUUAGGCGACAUAUUGCCAAUCUAACCCAACAGGAGCUAGAGGCGCGAUCAAAUGGAGGUCUCUUGCAGUUUUACAUUUCGUGCAAGUGGUUCUGUAAAUUCAAGACGUUUGCUGAACCAGGGCCUAUACACAAUCAAGAUUUUUUGUGUCCUCAUGGAGGCAUUCAACCGUUGAAAAUCGAAAGAUUUGAUGAAGUUUGUUUACCAGUCAGUGCUGUUGUUUGGGAAGCUUUGCAUACGAGAUUUGGUGGCGGUCCCGCUUGCAAUCGACUUUUUAGGUGCCCAAUUUGUCAACAGAAGCAAGAAGUGAUGGAUAAAAGACGAAGAGAAGAGCUGGACACUUUUCUCGAGUUGCAGAGAGAUUUUCAAAAUGAAAAGUCCUCCGUUCCUAUUUAUGCCAUUGCUAUGAAUUGGUUUCGCAAGUGGGAAAAUUUUGUCAAGAAUCGAGACUCCGAACUACCCGGCCCGGUGGAAAAUUUACCGAUAACUAUUUUACGGAACGGUAACCGGAUCUUAAGGCCAUCCUCUGAUUUUGCGCAGUUAUCGGCCGCUCUUUGGCACUUGUUUCAUUCACAUUAUGGAGGAGGACCUGAAGUCGUUAUACGUUCUUAAUUUCCUGAAUAGUUUGAAAAAUUUUAUUUAACAACAAUUUGAUAGUCUAAUUAAUCCACCACCCACAUAUCAACAGCAUUUACAAUGUGAGGCAUACAACCCAUAAAGCAGAAACAAGAAAUACAGAGCCAAAGAACUGCUCAUUUGAAA